AUGCAAGAUCAAAAAGAAAGUGUAGAAAGACCGGGUGGUGAUGUUAAUUAUAAUGUUUUUGGUAAAUCUUAUCAUAAUUUUAGACAAGAGGAACCAGAGAUAAAAAAAGCAAUUUUAAAUGCAAUUGGAGAUAGCAAAAAGAUUUUAAAUGUUGGGGCUGGUGCAGGAUCUUAUGAACCAACAGAUGAAAAAUACGAAGUUACACCAUUAGAGCCAUCCGCUUCAAUGAGAGAAAAGCGUCCAAAGCAUUUAGCACAAGCCGUAGAUGGGGUUGCAGAAAAUAUACCAUUUCCAGACAAUCAUUUCGAUGCAUCAAUGACUACAUUCAGUGUUCACCAAUGGCCACAAUUAGAAAAAGGUUUGACCGAAAUGAGAAGAGUUACUAAAGGUCCAGUUGUUAUUUUAACAUGUGAUCCACACAAAGUAAUGGACUUUUGGAUGUACGAUUAUGCACCAAAUGUAUUUCAAACCGAAUCAACCCGUUAUCCAGAUUUAAAUAAGAUCUCACAAGUGUUAGGUGGUAGUGUAGAAAUUGUUCCAGUUCCAAUUCCAAAAGAAUGCCACGACCUCUUUAACGAAGGUUAUUACGCUAGACCAGAGUUUUUUGUAAAUAAUUGUCCAGGUUCAUACUCUAGUUGCUCUGCUUGGUCAUUUGUAGAUGAUGAAACCAGAAAUAUCUAUAUUAAUAAUAUUAAAAAAGAUCUCGAUUCUGGUGAAUGGGAUAAGAAAUAUGGCCAUUAUCGUAAUCAAUCACAUUAUAUUGGUUCUUUAUAUUUAGUAAUUUCAAAUCCAAAAAAAGAAUAA